AUGGGGUCCCCGGGCGCGGAGGGCGCGGGAAAGAGCCUGCAGUACCGCGUGGACCACCUGCUGAGCGCCGUGGAGCACGAGCUGCAGGCGGGCAGCGAGAAGGGCGACCCCACCGAGCGGGAGCUGCGCGUCACGCUGGAGGAGGCUGAGCUGUGGCUGCGCUUCAAGGAGCUCACCAACGAGAUGAUCGUCACCAAGAAUGGCAGGCGGAUGUUCCCGGUGCUGAAGGUGAGCGUGGCUGGCCUGGACCCGCAUGCCAUGUACUCCUUUCUGCUGGACUUUGCGGCGGCCGAUGGGCACCGCUGGAAGUACGUGAACGGUGAGUGGGUGCCAGGCGGCAAGCCCGAGCCGCAGGCGCCCAGCUGCGUCUACAUCCACCCUGAUUCACCCAACUUUGGCGCGCACUGGAUGAAGGCGCCUGUCUCCUUCAGCAAGGUCAAGCUCACCAACAAACUCAACGGCGGUGGGCAGAUCAUGUUGAACUCCUUGCAUAAGUAUGAGCCUAGGAUUCAUAUAGUGAGAGUUGGUGGCCCUCAGCGAAUGAUCACCAGUCACUCUUUCCCAGAGACCCAGUUUAUAGCUGUGACGGCUUAUCAGAAUGAAGAGAUCACAGCUUUAAAAAUUAAAUAUAAUCCAUUUGCAAAGGCUUUCCUUGAUGCUAAAGAAAGGAGUGAUCACAAGGACACGAUGGAUGAAGUGGGAGACAAUCAGCAGUCUGGGUAUUCACAAUUAGGUGGUUGGCUUAUUCCUGGAACUGGGACAUUGUGCCCCCCUACCAACCCUCACCCUCAGUUUGGAUCGCCUUUAUCACUCUCUCCUGCUCACAGUUGUGAAAGGUACUCAUCGCUGAGGAAUCACCGUUCUGCCCCUUACCCCAAUCCAUAUGCCCAUAGGAACAACUCUCCAACAGCCUAUGCUGAUAAUUCCUCUGCCUGCCUUUCCAUGCUUCAACCCCAUGACAAUUGGUCUAGUCUAGGAGUUCCCACCCAUACAAGUAUGCUACCCAUGAGUCAUGGCACCGGCACAUCCACUAGCUGCAGUCAGUAUCCCAACUUGUGGUCUGUUAGUAACAGCACCAUCACACCGGUAUCGCAGUCCAGUGGGAUGUCCAAUGGACUGAGCUCCCAGUUUUUGCGUGGCUCUGCAGCGCACUACCCACCCCUCCCUCACUCCGUCACAGCUUCCUCCUCAGGAUCUCCAUUGUUUGACAGCGGCACACCAACAGACAUUCCUGACAGCCAGUAUGAUACCUCAACACAUGCAAGGCUAGCAUCCACCUGGACUCCUGUCACACCACCCUCCAUGUAGACCAAGAGUUUCUGUUUGAGACAGACUUUCUAGCUGUUAAGUAACUUAAUACUGAAUCCACAAUGAAGUGUUGGGGAGGGGAAAAGAGAGACGCAAAGUAAAUUGCAGGCAAAGUACUGCACUACUUUGGUGUAGAGCAACUGAGUUAUGCUUCUUACAGUAAACACUGCAUCAUAGGGACCUUAUGAGUGCAAUUCUCAUAUGGCAAAUUUCACUGCUCUCCCUUUUAAAAAAAAUAAAUAAAUAUAUUUGAAUACUUUUCAGUUUGGCAGAAAUGGCCCAAACCAACUAAUUCUGACCUGGAUUCCACAGUUCUCAGUGUUCUGGGGGUAUUUGGAUCUGAGGAUUUUUUUUCCUGGCCAUCUUGACAGUUUUGUCAAAUAAGCUGUUCAUAUCAACAUGCAGUUAACUUUUUUGGUUUUGAGAUUAGCUGUAGUCUUGAGACAAUUUUUAUUAAGUGCAUAAUUAGUCAUUCUCAAAUCAACCCACAUUUAUUUAAAGAGUAAAAUUUGGACAACUGUGUGCACUAAUACGUAUUUGUCUUGUGAAUACGUGGUGUUCCUAUAGUUAGUUGUAUUCUUAUUUCCUUGCUGCUGAAUUAAGUGAUAAAGACAAUCGGCAAGAACUAUUUUCUGCCUAAUAAAUGCAAUAUUAAAAUUUUGGUCCAAUUGUCUUUACCUCAAAUGCUCCCUUUAA